AUGGGUGUCAGCUAUAUCGACGUGGAUGAUGACAUGUUGCUCCCAUCCGAGGGACAAGCUUUGGUGCAAGGUGGUUCACAGGAUGACAUCAGGACGCAUACGGUCUUCCCCCGCGAUGCGCAGGUCGAGCUCGGUGAAGAGAGAGAGAGUCUGGUAGAAAGCUACGGCGAGACUUUGCGAUCUGAGAUGCGGCCGCUUCUACAGGAGCGCUGGAGGUCAGAUGCACCAGAGUACAUCUCAGACUGGGCUCAAAGGGAGACUCGACCUGGUGUCUCGAUCUCCUCAGUGAGCCCAAGCGGCGAGACUCUCAGCACUUCAUCCGGAACGGAAAAGAGCCAAGACCCCGCAUAG